AUGUCCUCAUCGCACCACCACUCCGCGCGCGCCACGCUACGAGCCCGCUGGCACGGCGGCGCGCACAAGGCGGGUUACGGAAUCCGCGCGGCGCACGUCAUCCAGGCGUGCGCCUUCGCUAUAGUCACGCUCUGGCUCUGCUACCAUUGGUCGCACGCCCCCCGCCGCCAGCCCCCGCACGACGCGGACCCGGCGGCGGUGAGCGCGGGGAGGCUGCAGGUUCGGGGGCUCGUGAUGGAGCGGCCCAAGCCUAAAGAUGUGGCUCGGCGGAAGAGCCGCAGCGUGAUCUCCCUGGAGGGCCCCGGCGACCGCGACCUGCUGCCGGGGGACGGCGCUCUGGCGGACGCGGAGGGCGCGCGCGGCGGAGGGACGGCGCUGGCGGGGGGGGAUAUCGUGCGGCGCAUCGUGGCGAAGGCGGGCAUGGCGCAGGCGGCGGGCGUGAAGCUGAAGGACCUGGUGGAGGCGAAGGCGCAGGGCGGGGGGAACCUGCUGGGGGAGUUCGGGGGGGAGGCGGAGGAGGAGGGGGAGCGGAAGUGGGAGGAGGAGGGGGAGAUGGAGGAGCGCGCGCUGGUGGACCUCAAGGGCGGCGGGCGCGAGGCGAAGGUGGUGCAGCGCGCGCUGGACGAGACGCGCGCCGUGGAGGGGGACGGCGCUGGGGAGGGGGGCGCGGAGGGGGAGGGCGAGCGCGAGGGCGCUGCGUCGUCGGCGCUGGAGGUGGCGGAGGACGCGGAGCUGGGCGCGGGGAGGGGGGGCGCGGAUGAGAGAGGGGCGGGGGGCGGGCGGGAACAGCAGGCGGGGCGGGGGGAGGGACAGGGUGGAGGGGGGAGCGGGAAGUUGUUCAAGGUGGAAGGGAGAGGGGAAGAAGGGGCGGAGACGGAAGGGGAAGAGCAGGGAGGGGAGGCGGGGCAGCAGGGACGGGGAGAGGAGGAGGAUGAAGAAAGUGGUGAGGAGGAUGGGGCAGCCGAGAGCGGCAGCAGCAGCAGCAGCGGCAGUGGCGGCGCAUGGGAGGGGCAGCAGGGGAGGGAGAAGGAGAGUAGUGUGAGCCACCCAGUGGUGCUGGCGGGCACAAGGCGCAUGGCAGUGCGCCUGCACGCCCCCUCCGCGCGCCUGCUGCUCGCCUUCUCCCCCUCCCGCGUUGCCAUGCCCGCCCACCCGCCCACCCGCCUCACCGCCGUGCCGCCCCUGCUGCUGCCGCUGCUGCCGCCCGUGCUGCAGGGCCGCCCGCUGUCAGCCUUCCAGGCGGAGGGCGCUGCUGCUGCUGCUGCUGCUGCUGGUAGUGGUGGUGGUGGUGGUGGUAGUGGUGGUGGUGGUGGUGGUAGUGGUGGUGGGAGGGGAGUGGGGAAGGGCAGCACGCAGGGUGUGACGUGGCGGGGGCACGUGCGAGUGGGCAGAGGUGAGGGGGAACCGGGGGUAGAGAGAGGUGUGGGUUGGUGGUGCAUGAAUUUAUUGCCUCUGCCUCCCCUCUCCUCGCCUCCUCUCCCUUCCACCCCACCAUUCAUUCCCUCUCCAUCCUUGUCAUUCCCCUCUCGCCCACACACUAUCCGUCACCCCUCUCCUGCGUUCCCUCACCCCUCUCCUGCGUUCCCUCACCCCUCUCCUGCGUUCCCUCACCCCUCUCCUGCGUUCCGUCACCCCUCUCCUGCGUUCCCUCACCCCUCUCCUGCGUUCCGUCACCCCUCUCCUGCAUUCCCUCACCCCUCUCCUGCGUUCCGUCACCCCUCUCCUGCGUUCCCUCACCCCUCUCCUGCGUUCCGUCACCCCUCUCCUGCGUUCUGUCACCCCUCUCCUGCGUUCCCUCACCCCUCUCCUGCGUUCCGUCACCCCAUUGAAGCGUCAUCCCUCCUCCCUCUGCCCCCGUGUGUGUGCUACACACCGUGCGUGCCUGUCGUGUACGAACAAUACGCUCACGUACGUACGUGA